AUGCGAUUUAUUCAGCUUCUGUCCGCGGCUACGGCCAUCGUAUAUAUCGCAGCAGGGUCUCCAGUCAACGAAAGGCGGGUGAAAGAGCUCCUACCUCGGACCAUAGAGAACGCAGCAGCACCGGUCGACUCAGCCGUCAAGCCUGCCGAGUCUGCCCCAGGCCAGGGAGCAAGCGCUGGAGGGGAAGGUGCAGCAGCAGGAGGAGCGGCAGCGGGCGGAGCAGCAGCUGGCAACCGGACCAUAGUGGUACAGCAGGGCCAGACCCUCGGCGCGAUCGCAAAGCAAUUCGGCACUGGUAUCUGCGACAUCGCGAAGGCCAGCGGCCUCGCCGACCCGAACCUCGUCGACGUGGGUCAGACCCUCACGAUCCCCCCGCCGACCGCAACGCCAGACAACACGUCCUGCCUCCCGCCGCCGCCGCCGCCAGCAACGGCGCGCUGCGUCCUCGGCGGGCCCGACCGCCUAGUCAUCCCGGCAGACGGCAUCACGGCCGAGCAGGCGGCCAAGUUCCUCAACAUCACGCAGGACGCCUUCGUCGCCGCGAACCAGGCUGCGGUCCCGGGCAACAGCAGCGCGAAGCUGGCCGGGGGCAGCGUCAUGCAGGUCCCCGUGUGCCCCAACUCGCAGUGCACCAUCAGCCAGGGGACGGUGAAGAAGGGCGACAUCUUCGACAAGAUCGCGGCCGAGGCGGGGUCGACCACGGGCCAAAUCCUGGGGCUGAACCCGGGCAUAGACCGCUUCAACCUCGCGGUCGGCCAGACCUUCACGCUGCCGAGCAACUGCCAGAACGUGACUGGCGGCGAGGCUGGGGCCGGGGCCGGGGCUGGUGGCAAUGCCACGGCUGCUGCCCCAGCUGGGGAGGCCGGGAAGGGCAAGGGGGCUGCUGCGAAACGGUGA